GUGCUCAUCACGGAUACGCGCAGAAGGGCGCGCACAAACUUCAGACGGCGGCGCGUGUGGAUUAAUAACCUGUGAGAUUAUUCUGCUUGUUUAAGGACGCCUGUCAUAUGCUGUGGAAAUAAACACAAACUGACAGACGACUAAAUGGAUUGAGACUUCAGUGAAGUGCAGAAUAAGAGAAGUGAAAGUCUAAUCCAGCUAAUCCAGCAUGAGUCUGGGAAAACUGCCAGCGAUGAAAGGACUGGUCUUCACAUCCCAGAGUAAACGUCGUUUAAAAAGUGAUCUGUCUGUGGACAUGAUCAGCCCGCCCCUCGGAGACUUCCGUCACACCAUGCACGUCGGCCGUGGCGGAGACGUUUUUGGGGACACCUCGUUUCUGAGCAACUUUGGUGGUCCAACUAAUACUGACCGACCGGAUUCACCCUCUGGAUCGAGAACGACAGGAUUUCUGUCCCGCACGCUACGACACGUCCGGAAGCAUCCUCAGGGGCGGAUGAGGGAAGGGUCACGUGACCUCUCCUCUCCUCCACCAUCUGUGUCCCCCAUCAUUAAAAACGCUGUCUCUCUGCCUCAGCUGAAUCUGGACACUUCCAACGGCGGCCUGCAGAGGACGCUACUGCCAACCUCCAUCAGCUCACCUGCAGAUUCACUCUUCACCUACGGUCUUCUGGAUUCUGGUUUUGUCACAUUGCCCCGUUUCUCUCAACUUAAUCGAAACUUUCCAGAAGCGCCAGGAGAUUUGUGUGCAGACUACAGACGGAGUUCACUGCCUGAGAACAGUGACAUGUCAAUAACACGAUCUGAUUCACUCACAUCCUUCACUGUAGAUCUGGGUCCUUCACUCAUGAGUGAGGUUUUGGGUUUGAUUGACAGAUCCAGAAGUCUUUUCAGUAAGAACGUGGAUGAGGAAGAAGAGAUGGCGGUGGAGAGCUCAUCCAUCUCUCCUACAGUGAGCAGCACAUUAGAUGGGUCUCUACAGGAUCAUGAUGAUGAUGAUGAUGAUGAUGAUGAACAUUCGACAGAAGAUGCAUCACUCAAGUGUCCGGUCAGAGCCGAGGUGAGGAUUGAACCCCAGAGGUUUCAGGAGGCUGCCAGUGUACUGGCGCGUCACUUUGGAGAAGAAGGAAGUUUGUUAAAGGAGCAUCACAGACCUUCAUCUUUCAGACACAGGAGGGCGCUAUACACCUUUACUAAAACAGAGGAGGAGAUAAAACUAUAAACAUGACAACAGUCAUAAAUAAAGACAGUCUUAAAUAAACUAUCAUUUGAAUAUGUUUUGAAGUUUAAGAUACAUAUAUGUACGUUAAAGAUAAUUUUAUCAUAAUAUGACAGAUUAAAAGAAACAGAAUGAAGUCUGAGAGAACAGAGAGACAUCAACAUCAUCAUUCAUUUAUUCAUCAUUUUAUUAAAGAUAAACAUGUCAUGUACAGUAUUGAUCAUUACUACAUUACACAUAUACAUUCUGUAGUUUGAGACGUCUAUAUAUGUUUUUACACAUUCUUUAUCAUACGCACUUUCUUUUUUAAACACUGCAUUGCUUUGAAUUCCAUUUGAUUUCAUGGCAUGUAAAUGUUAAACUCCAAUUUAUGUUUAAAAGGGUUGUAAAAAGUCGGUAAUCAUAUGUAUCACUAUACUGGAUCAGUGCAAGUGCUGAUAAUAAUUUUAAUAUAUACAAAGACUUUGCAAUGUUUUUUUUUUCUCUUAAAAACCCUGGAUCUCUGAAAACAAAAAACAAAAAAA